AGAGUAUAUUUAUAGUACUGUAACCGAUCGUUCUGGGUUCGUGUGUGAGGUGCAAUUAGAUAGAUAGAUAGAUAGAUAGAUAUAUACUUUAUUAAUCCCCAAGGGGAAAUUUGUCGUAGCAGUAGCAGCACCAAUAAACCACCAAAUUACAACAACACAUGAGACAGUCUGUUACAUUACCCUAAACAAUAGCUACUGGUGUUUAGAAGAGUUUUUAUUUAUUUUAUUUUAUUUUUUAUACACCAAUCCUGUGAAUCUCUUCCAACUGAGCAGAGGGGCUAAGGGAUACUACCAACCAUCCUGUAGCAAGUCCAUAUCAAAGAAAAAGAACAAAACAAGACCCAACAACGUUUUGCUGCCACAGAUGAACAGCCAGUUUUUGCAGAGUCCUGGCCGUCCACCGAAUGUGGAUCUUGUUCUUCCAGCACUACAACCUCAUCUGACAUGGAGACACCCAAACCCCAGUAUGCGAGAGCAGGACAAUCCACAGAUUCCUUAGAGGUCGGAGUUCAGCAAGAUUCAGUGCUGGCAAAGUACAUAGAUCGCUUCCGCCAUGGUCAACCGCAGAGUCGUGAGGAGCGCCAGCAGAGCCCUUCCGCCGAUCGAGAGAAGCAGCAUCCUUUUUGGUGGAUGUCACCCUCAUCUUUACCCUGCAGUUCAACGCCCACUAAAACAAUAGACCAAGAUGGUAUCCAGCCUCUGAAAGAUGACUAUGGACUUGCCAUUUUCAGUCCAGCUGGGCAGCAUCAACAUAACAGAUUCCCUUCGCCAUGCAGAGGAUCCCUUAGUGUGAGUAUGUUGUCAGACAUCUCUCAGGGUGAAUUUGAUGACACAGAAAUACAAGACCUUCAACAAAAGGCUGGCAGACUUCUGCUGAGAGGGGAAUGCACUUCUAGUGAUGGAUCCGUCCCUGUCAGCUCAGAGGGCCUAGAAUGCUCAGAUGUCUCUUCUCCAGUCAGCGUAUAUGAGCCAGUGCGAAGACCUUUGAUUCGCACAAAGGCCAGCACCGAAUCCUGUGUCAUUCCUCCUCUGGUGCCCCCCGCUCGUCGGGAAGAGGACAUCUUGUUCCAGUGGCGUUUGAGGAGAAAAAUCGAGCAGGCCAGGGAGGGGUCGCAGUCCCUGCAACACUCCAGUCUUCAAGGUCCCACAUUUAACUGGCAGGCCCCCAGUUUAAGCCAUCCCUCAGACAGUGGACAGGUAUACAAGCAACACCAGAGUGCUCGGCCUCCUGAAUUCUCACAACAAUCUACAGCCCCCCACAUCACUGCACGCCAUCCACAAACCAAAGAAGCCCACAUAUCAUGUCCCCAAGCUUCAGAUCCAUCGCCCUUCCCUACCUUUGUUGUCUCUGGCUCUUCCGUCUCUCAACCCCAGGCUAUUGCUCAUGUGCCUGCCCACAUGCAUUUACUCUGUGAUGUCUUGCCAUGUCCCAUGCAGUCAUCUGGCACGCAUCAACACCUUUCAGAAAGCACAGAUGAGCCUCAGAACAAAGUUGCCUGUAAAAAGACCCGAGUGCCCGGAAACUUGAUAAAUACUUUCACUGAUGAGCAUAGUCGUGAGCAUAUGUCUUACUUACUAUCUGCUUCAUCUGAAGCCACAGAAAGAGCAGAACUUAUUCACAACAAACGGUCUGAGAGGAACAAGAAAGAGAAAGCCCAGACAAGAAAGUCAGGGAAGAAUGAGACGAAGACGGCGACGUCCUUCAGAAAGCAGAAGAAAUCCACAAGAUGUACUGUGGAUGGGGAACAUGUUGAUGGCCCUGGUACGAGGAGUUUUUCACAUCCAAAAGUUCCCAAAAUAGUCCAGCCCUGUGCGGAGCAGCAGCAACAGGAAGGAAGCCAGGAGUUUUCCAGUGAGAGCUCUGCUGGCGACCAUGCACCACCCCCGUCUCCCAUCCACACUGCCUUAGGACAGGUAGUUUCAGAGAUAUUGUUUCCCAUGGUGGAUCCAUCUCUUGCACGAAGGACCCGGCUCUCGUCGGUUUCUCCUCCUUGCGCUGCCUCUGCACCACCACACAACUCUAUGGAGGUUAUUUCCCAGCUGCUGCAAGAAGCUGAAGAUUCAGAUGAAAAAGAGUUUGAAGAUGACGCUUUAUUACUAGUCCUUCGCAAGCAGAGGAAAUGGGUAAAGGAGCAGAUCAGUGACGUGGACUCCAAGUUGAUUGAAUUCCUGGAGGAGCAACAUGUUACUUGACAAGAGGCACUUGAUGUAGUCACUUUUUUAAUUUUAUAAAGAAAUAAAGUUUAAUUUUUGUAGUAUUUCCACAUUAAAGAGUUUGGCGAUA